GCUGCUCUUACACAGUCAUUUGCUCUCCCUUGUUCUCAGCUGAGGAGGGACAUUCUGUCUGGACACUGAGCCUUAAAUAUCACAGCUAUGGCCAGUUUUCCAUCAGAAAAGCAGGGCCCAGAGUUCUUCAGGAAACACAAGGGGGAGCUAGAGAUGCGUCUUGGUGUCCUUGCACCUCUUCUGAUCUACCUGGAGUGUUGCAGUGUCCUCUCUCCUCUAGAGAGGGAACAGGUGCAGAGCAAACCAACCGCCCAAGAACAGAACCAUGUUCUCAUCACCAUGCUGGAGAAGAAAGGAGCUGGGGCCCAAGAUAAGUUUUAUGAGGCUCUGAAAUCUCAUGACCCUCUUCUGCUGGAGGAUCUUCAGUGUUCAGCAGCGAGCCCAGCAGUGCCUGAGCCACAGCAAGGAGGAGAUGUUGCACAGACUGUUACAAAAUCAUCACUAAAACAGAAGCUUCAGAUCCAUCUCAAAAACAAGUUUUCUACUGUACACCAAGAUUCUAAAAAGUGCAAUGUACAAGACAUGUACACCGAUCUUUACAUCGUAAAGGGCCGCACUGGAGGAGUCAGUGCUGAACACGAAGUGGCAUCAAUUGACAUGAGACAAAUUGGGGCAAGACCAAGCUCUGUAGAUGAACAAGUCAAGCUGGAAAACAUAUUCCCAGCCAACUCUGCCAUAAAAGUUUUGACUUUGGGAAUUGCUGGUGUGGGGAAAACUGUUGCAGUGCAAAAGUUUGUCAUGGACUGGACUGAGGAAAAGUCAAAUCAAGACAUAGACUUUGUUUUUGUUCUUUUAUUUCGAGAGCUGAACUUGAAGAAAGAAGAACAGCACAGCCUUUUGGGUCUUCUUCUGUUACUCUACCCUGGUCUCAAAGAUCUGGAAUCACUCUGCUUGUGUGAGUGCAAAAUUCUCUUUGUCUUUGACGGUUUGGAUGAGAGCAGAUUCCAGCUGGACUUUAAUGAGUGGAUCUCUGAGCCUGACAAAGAAACAUCGCCGGACAUUCUCAUAACAAGUCUCAUUAAAGGCAUGCUUCUGCCCUCGGCACUCGUCUGGGUUACAACAAGACCAGCAGCAGCCAAUCUGAUUCCAGAGGAGUGCUUCAACUUGUUGACAGAGGUGCGAGGAUUCAAUGACGACCAGAUAAUCGAGUUCUUUCAGAAGAACAUCAGGAGUCCAGAAAAGUCCAAGAGGCUAACAGAUCAAAUCACAAAGAAUAGAAGCCUUCACAUCAUGUGUCACAUACCAGUGUUUUGCCACAUCAUAACGAGUGUGCAAGAUGAAAUAUUGAGGAAUGAGAGCAAAGGAGAAGGGGCCAAAACUUUAACAGAAAUGUACACACUAUAUAGUGUCUCUCAGAUCAAAAGAAUGAACGACAAAUAUUUGGACAAGAAGAUGAGUGCAGAAGAAAAAGGCCACUUUCUCAUUAAGCUUGGGAAACUGGCAUUCAAACAUCUGGAGAAAGGCACACUGAUAUUCUAUGAGAAGGAUUUAACAAAGUGUAGAAUUGAUGUUGCUUCUGGAGCAUUGAGGGCUGGAGUUUGUACACAGAUCUUCAACGUGGCAAGUGCUACAACUGGAGAGAAGAUAUUCAGUUUUGUGCACUUGAGCAUACAGGAAUUCUUGGCAGCUCUUUAUGUCGUGAAGAAAACUACAACUCACUGGACCUGUCCCCUUGAUAAGACACUGAAGGAAAAGAUCAGAUGGCUAUUCAAGAACUCCAGGUUUGACCUAUACAGAUUCGCUGUGGACAAGGCCCUGCAGAGCCAGAAUGGACAUUUGGAUCUUUUCCUGCGCUUCCUUGUUGGACUGGCUCCAAUGUCGGAGCCUAAUGUUCGUUCCCCGCUGGAUGUUAUACUGCCACAUCUACAUGUCAGAGAAAAGAGCAUCGACAAAACAGUCCAAUACAUCAAAGAGAAGAUCAAGGAAGACAUCUCAUCAGAACGGACUAUCAACCUCUUCCACUGUUUAAACGAGCUUGGAGACAACACACUGGUUGAUGAAAUCAACAGGUACAUAAACUCAGCAGGCGAGGAGAAGAAUCUGACUCCAGCCCAGUGUUCAGCUCUGGCUUAUAUGCUACUGAUGUCAACUGAGAACUUGGAGGACUUUGAUCUGAAGAAAUAUCUUAGAUCAGAUGAAGGGCUCCACAGAAUGCUUCCAGUAGUGAAAGUCUCAAGCAGAGUUUGCCUAAAUUGGUGUAACCUCUCCAAAGUGAGUGGUCAGCUAUUGGCAUCAGUGGUGCAAAGGACACCUUCCCAUCUGAGAGAACUGGACAUGCGUGGCAAUGACCUGCAGGAUGAAGGGGUGGAGCUGCUCUGUGCAGGACUAAGAGAUCCACAAUGCAAGCUGGAGACACUGAGGCUAAAUCACUGCAACCUCAUCAAAUCAAGCUGUAAAAGCAUGGCAUCAGUGCUGAAAAAGACACCUUCAUAUUUGAGAGAACUGGACAUGAGUGACAAUGACUUACAGGAUGAAGGAGUGGAACAGCUCUGGGUGGGGCUAAGAGAUCCCCAGUGCAAACUGGAGACACUGAGGUCAGUUACAAGGCUAUCUGGUUGUUUGAUUACCCAGAAGGGCUGUUUAUGCUUGUCCUCCUUCGUCAUAUCAAACCCCUCCUACCUGAAAGAGCUGGAUCUCAGCUACAAUCACCCAGGAUACUCAGGUCUCAGAGAGCUCACAGACAGACUGAAUGAUCCAAGCUGUAAACUAGAGACAUUCAGAUAUGACCUUGGAGGAGAGUACAGGAUGAAACCAGGACUGAGAAAAUAUGCCUGUGAGCUCACACUGGACCUAAACACAGCUCACAGACGUCUCUCUCUCUCCGAGGGGAACAGAAAGGCGAUCUAUUGGAGAGAGUGGCAGCCGUAUCCUGACCACCCAGAGACGUUUAACUACUGGGAACAGGUGCUGUGUAGAGAGGGUCAGUCUGGACGCUGCUACUGGGAGGCCGAGUGGAGUGGCAACGGGGCUGGUAUAGCAGUGGCUUACGAAAGCAUCCAGAGGAAAGGGGGGAUUGCUGAAAGUGGGUUUGGAUGGAAUGACAAGUCCUGGAGUCUGAGUUGCUUUGGUAACAGUUAUUCUGCCCUGCACAAUAAUAAGAAGACUGCCAUACCUGCCCCCUCCUCCCACUCCAGCAGAGUAGGAGUGUACCUGGACUGGCCAGCAGGCACUCUGUCCUUCUACAGCGUCUCCUCUAACGCACUCACCCACCUGCACACGUUCCACUCCACAUUCACUGAGCCCCUCUUUCCUGGGUUUGGGGUUUGGUCUGACUCCUCAGUGGCCCUGUGCCAAAUCACAUGACCUGCUAACCCUGCUGGAGUCUUUAAGGUCAACGUCACACUGUUUAAACACAACUGUGCUUUAAUGGAAAAUAUUCAUAAAUACACAAAACAACUUUGUGAUGUUUUCAUGAAAGAUGUUUAGUGAUUAAUUUGGAAUUAUAUAACAUAUGUCCAAAUGGAGUAAAAAUUAAUAAUUGUAUUGUCAAAACCCAAUUUGUAUUCAAAACAUGAACAUAAUGCUAGUAAAUGUAAUAUUUUGAAAUUGAUUUAAUUUUCUCUGACACAUAAAUGCUCCUCACUAAAAACUGUGCAGCUCUUCCGCCUUCACAUAAACCAUCUCAGAGCCGUCACAGAGAAUUUUGGAGAUCUCCAAAACGGUGCCCCUUGAGUGGAUAAAGAACAGGACGUCGUCUUGGAGCGUCUUGGAGCAGCUGGACUGUUGGUUUUGUUAAAUACAGCAUCUAUCUAAGGUGCUAUAUGUAAAAAAUAAAUCAUACGACUGCAGCAGUGAUUGUCAGUAACAUAACAAUUUGGGUUUUAUUAAGUGAUAGGCCUACCUUACACCUGCAUUUGUUUGUAAGACAAGGAUUCCCCUCACAGCUUCCUUAUAACAAGAGGAUUUAACGUGGCGCAUGCCGUGUGCCGUGGGGACCAGUGGAUCUAUGAUAAAAACCAAGCAUGUCCCAAUAAACAUUAUUGGAUUUAUUUAGGCUUUCAGAAAGAAAUGAGAACUACAUUUCAUGUGAAAAUCACCUUACCAUGAACACACAAACCACUUCAGAAAACUCUGACACACAAGCUGCAAGUCAUUGUUGUUGUGUAGUCAAGUCAAGUUAAAAAAAAAUCUUUCCUAAAACGUAAAAACCUAAAAAGGUAUCCAUUUUUGGAUUUUGUUCAACAGGAAUGAACGGAAGAGUCCAGUACAUAUUGUCAAGUGAAGUUUAUUUAUAUAGCGCAUUUCAUACACAGAGGUCAUUCAAUGUACUUUACAUAAAAGCAAACAUUAAUAACAACAACAAAAGCAUAUUGGGUUACCAAAUAAAAGCAAAUUGUGUGAAAACCACAGGACAAACAA